CAGGCUUAUUAUUGUAUGAUGAGAGCACCAAAGAAUGACUAUUGUUAGUGUUGAGGUGUAUUCUUGGCUUAAUCUUGUUAACAAGGUACCUUACCUUAGUUACCUAAGGUAUUGUAUAUAAGGUAGAGAGGUAUAAUCCUAUUUAUAGGCAGGCAACCGAGAAUAGUAUCUAUGAACUCAUCUCAUAUCAUACAGUUACUCAGGUGCAAUACAACUAACAACUAACUAACUCCCUAGCACUUUCCACAUUGAUUCAUAACGCCUUCGCCCUUUCCAGGUUCCUUGUCUGCCUGUUCCCCCCAUCUCAGUGCUUAUGUGGCCCACCUGACCCUCCUAUUGGUCGCCCUCUCCCAUCUAGGCCACUUAUUUCGGCCUCAGGCAGCAUAUUUCCCCCCCUCUCACUCGCGUCAACUUAUUUAUCUUACCAGCCUCACCCACCACUUGCACGUGUUCACCCUCUUCCUCCGCCGCGUGACCCGACUCGCUCACUCCCAGUGUCAGUUCCCAGCUGCGUGUCCAGCCAAAGAAGCGCCCAUUUUCGUCGGGGAGAGAAUUCGUUCUUCCCCUUUAGUAACGUAAAGAUCCUCGCGUCUUUAUCUGGACCCGAACGCGUAUCAAAGACCCAGGAUUUAUUCCUCCUCCUUUUUUUUUUAUUAUUAAAAAUCCUUUGUUGAGUAUUGGUCCUGGUUCCGUUCAUUUACAGACGCGAAGUUGUCGACUUAUCAACUGGGACUCGCGCGAUAUCACGAGGUAGAUCCCACCAAGGCAAACACGUGAGACGAGAAACUCGUGAUCUCGCACGAUCACGCCUCGAAGCACAUGAUCUGGGAGGUAUGUCGCUUUCAUGCAUCUCAUUCACUUCACGAUACAUCUGAUUUAAUGAUAUGCACGACGACGCAACAAUGCAACUCGAGUCUCUGCACUCAGAAAUGGGCUUUUGCAAAGUAUUUGCACUCAUGGAAUGAGGAUUGACGAUGCAACGCAACGCAAUGAAAUGAAUGCAUCUUGCCAAGUGGCAGCAUCUUGACUGCUUGCUUGAAUCAUCAACACAACCACCAUAGUUCACAGUCACAACUGUACGUCGCCCGCCAUCAUGAGCAUCGCAUAAAUAUACUCUUGUGCCUGUCCCGGCAUCUUCCUUUGCGCGCUGUUUUCAUCCCUCAUAAAGAGUGACUGAAUCAGCACAGACGCAUCGCAUCGCCUCAUCAUGUCUUUCUCUCACGCUCAGUCAUCGCGACUCUCACAUUCACUACUCAAGCGAGCGACAAGCUACGAUGCUUUCCCUUCUGUCCAUGCCCUAUGCAAAGAUUCAAGCCCUCUUCGACAACAAGACUAGCGCAUCAUGUGCACGUGUUACAGUUGACACUGGCACUCGCACUCAACCAACAGAUGCUCAACCUCUUCUCCGUCACCCGAGGCCGGAUCCCCUUGCUUUUCUCUCGCACACUUCAUCUACCCAUAGCUUAAUUCUGCAGCGAGUUUAUUCUAACUGCCCUUCCCUAUCCAGAUCUUUGAUUGAUUGUCAACGUCUCUCAUCUGUGGCCUCGACAUCAUCAAACUUUGCACUCAGCCUCUUUAAUCUUGGCGAGCGCUUUUGAUCGAACAGACCCGUCUACCAACCACUUGUUUUCUUCGAUAAUUCUCUCACGACUGAACCAUGGCUGAAGUUCUUGCCGAGCAGCCAGACCUCUCCAGCCUGACCGGCUCCCCUGGUCAGAAGCGGAAGCGCGAAUCCGGCAGUCCUGAUCUCGCCAGGAAUAAACGCCCUGCCCCAGCUGCCCACAUGUCUGCCGACCCCGCCUCCUUCAUCGACAGUGCCAUGGAGAGCCAGGCCGUCAACGCGAAUGGCGUCAACGUCGCCGAUUUCAACGCUCUGCAGCAGGCCGCCCAAGCAGAUCACGACCACCCCGAAGCUCCGGAUCCUACCAGUGCUACCAGCACCGCACAGGCUGCCCUCGGCAUGUAUCCCACCCUGCAUGUUCCACCCUCGACAGAAGAGCAAUUUGCAGCCCAGGCAGCCACUGAUCCUGAGCAUGGCCAUGAUCCAGCUUUCAACCCCGAUGUGACACCUACAGUUGACAGUAUUAUGGAGCCUCCUCAAGUCGCCCCUCCUCAGCAUCAACAUACACCACCCAAUGGUGUUCCGCAUCAGCCACCACGAUACAAUCCCGCAGCCCCCAACCCCAAACCAACAGUCGGAUCAGAAGAGUGGCACAAGAUGCGAAAGGACAACCACAAAGAAGUGGAGCGUCGCCGUCGGGAAACCAUCAACGAAGGUAUUAACGAGCUCGCUAAGAUUGUCCCUGGUUGUGAGAAGAACAAGGGUUCCAUUCUACAACGGGCAGUCAGCUUCAUUUCCCAGCUUAAAGAGAACGAGCAACAAAACAUUGAGAAGUGGACGCUCGAGAAGCUGCUCACAGAGCAAGCUAUCACAGAGUUGAGCGCUUCCAACGACAAACUCAAGCAGGAAUGUGAGCGUCUGUACCGCGAGCUCGAGACUUGGAAGCGAGUGGCACAAAAUGCAGGCCUCGAGCCUCCACAGCCCAAAGAGGAGGACACAACUGCCAAUGCAUCGAGCUAGAAGCACUAUACAGCGUUGGCAUUCUCCCCUACCUCGGACUUACCUUCUUCAUAACUUAUACCCCUGCCUAAUCCCGUCUAGCAAAUGUUCCCUCGGUGAAUAUUUGUUACUCAGCUCGGUUGUGUUUUUGCAUGUUAUUUUGUUUUUAUUUGUUCGCGGGAUUCGGGAGCGACAUUUUCCCACAACCAGGAGAGAGCAGAGUAUCAAGAGAGUUCUUCUUGGUGCACCUGAGUAGUCUCCUCGCGUGAUUAUGUUGUCUCUGAUUUGAUUUGAUUCAUUUGGUUUGAUGGUUUCAAGUAGCUUGGCGUUGGUGGAUGGAUUCACUAACAGGUCAGCAGAAGGUUGAGGUAACGGAUCUGCUUCACUGUGCGAUACGGUACAGUAGCUUGAGUGUUGAACCGAGUUGAUAGAACUUUUCUUCAUAUAAUGUGCCUGCUCAUGCAUAUUCUUUUGUUCAUGAUUUUUCCGAGUGCUGUAUUGGAAAACAACCUGGUAUAAUUGAUCAUGAUAAACUCUGCCUUUGCGCUAAAGCCUGUCCAUGAUUGUUAUUCAUGAUUUUGCUGCUGUGGAGCAAGGAAUGGUCGAAUUGUGAUCGUUAUUGCGUUGAAACGCUAGAUCAGGCCUUGUUCAACUGAGAAAUACACAAGGAAAUAGUCCCCCUUUUGGCCCUCCGCCGCCUCUCCCUACACCAAGAUGUGCAGCAGUUCUCAUGAGCAGAAUCUCCUCACUGCCUUGUUCAACCAUUCUUCAUUCAGAGCUGAAAUUAGCAGGAACUGACCUAACAGACCCUAUGUAUCCACGAAGCAAGUAAGCUGCAAGCUGGAACUUGAAGUAUAAUAUGUAAGAUUCCUUCGCCCAAUAUCUAUUCCACAUUGCUUAUGGAUAUGAGAAGUUCUCAUUUCCCAUCCCCCUGUUUCAUAACCCUAUUUCAUUGGACUCGAUAAAUCGUCCGCAUGUGGACAUGAUGAAUGAACCACUGCUGGUAAACGUGUUCGCCGCCGUUAAUCGUGAUUGCGUUUCUGGUCGUCAACAUAAGAAUUUCGUAGCCGUUGUCCCAACACCCAUGAGCCACCCUCAUCUACUCAGAGCUAAGCAGUAAUUAACAAUUCGGAGCAUGUCAAUGUCCACGUUGAGCGAGAAUGCACACCAUAGAAAUGCCAAUCAGGAACCACCAAGCCCGCGGGAAAACAAAACUUGAUACCGAAAAUGCAGGCACACACAAUAUAGUUUAUUCCAAACAAGACGCUGUGGUCAAUCGCAAAAAACAAAUAAACCAUCCCGAGAUUGUCCUUAAAGAUAUAUUUUGGGGUAUCGAAUCAAGUGGCAAUCAUAGCCGCCCACCGUCUGAACAAAAUGAGCAAUCGUAACAAUGCUGGUACCGGUAUUCGGUGGGAACUGUAAACCGAGAAACAGCGAGGCUGUAACAAACCAUCGCAUGAUCUGUUCUGAUCGACCUGUGCUGUCAUACCAGGCCCAAAGUCAUGCAUAAUCUAUAACCAUAUGAGAAAAGCAAGAAUGUGUCACGGGCUGUAUAUAAGAGGUCACGUCAAGUCUGGCAUAGUCUAAUGCAUCGCAUGUCGCGGUACAUCAUCCACCUUGACACCGGGCAGCCCUCGACUGUCCUGAGACAUAUAGUCAUAGCCCGGGGUCGGAUGGACCUGUGACGGUUGUGCCACACUUCCUGUUCGGAACAUAGUAGGCUGAUUGGGGUCAUAUCCCCGCGUGAGUCCAUCGAACGAGGCAUUCAUAUAUGGCUGAGCCUGAUUCAUGGGAACCCCGGGGCUGACAAAAGCGGUCGCUGGCGGAUUGGCUGGCUGUUGAGUGAAGGUAUACAUUGACGUCGAGUUUGGCGCUGUGGAACCCGGCUGCCAUUGCUGGGUGUAUAUCGUUGUACCAUUCUGUCCUGCGUAAUCUGCUGAGGCGCUGAAGAUGGAUGAACGACGUCCAGAAUCAUGUGCAGCAGGAGGCACACCCAUAUCUAUACCGAGGUUCCCGCUAUUAGGGUGGACCGCAGGUUGACCAUUCACCGGCAUGGCGUUGUUCUCAACAAAGCCGUGCUGGUCCGGAGCCAUGUCCUGCAUCAUCGAGUGGUU